AUUUGGGCUGGUCAAAAAAUUAUAUUAUCUGUUUAAUAAUGGUAUGACAUUGCCUGUCACCCUAUCAAGUGACAGAAGGCAUUCUAGCAAGAUGUCAGUCAAUAUACGAGUGACAAUAAUUAAUUUCUAUUUCUAAUUCAUUGGCAAUUUGACAACAAUAUCUACGUAUUCCUUUUUUGGUUCGAAAUUGGUGUUAUUAUUAAUUAGCCCGAAAAUAUUUGCAAAAAUAUUGUUCGGUUUCUUAAGUAAAACUACUUUGUGAGUCAUUGUGUUAUAUUUAUGUUCCUUCUGUGGUUGUAAACACUUUUAUAUUUACAAAUGAAAUGCAAUAUUCGUGAACUUGCUCAACUGAGCGACCAGCCCUGUGUGAUAGAAGGAAGAUUAAAUUAUAAAAAGAUUUCGAAUGGCAGUUACCGCAAUCAGUCAGUUUUUAAGGAGAGGUGGUUUCGGCUGAUAAAUAAUUAUUUAUUUUAUUUUAAAAUAAGUGAGAUGGGUAAAUUUGACACAAAAAAUCCAGCUGGAUUAUUUGUUUUGGAGAAUUCUUCAAUACAGAUGGAACAUGGGCAGAGUAUACCAUUCUCAUUUUCAAUAUCAUUUAUAGAUGAACCCGAAAAACGCCAUGUGUUUGCUGCCCGAGCUGAGGAUAAUGUGGUACAGUGGGUCAUGAAGUUGAGGGAGAGCUCAUAUGAAUACUUACGUAAUAGACUUCAUGCUCUGCAGUCUAGAAUUUAUGCUAUAACAGGAAAGGAUCCUUUGCUGCUGGUACCAAGAAAUGAAGGAGCGUGUCUGUGGGCACCGGCAGUACCAUUCUCCACAGCCCCAGCAUGCACCGUGAACACCAGCUCAUUCAGUUGUCAUUUACAUACAAAUGGUGCAUUCACACUUGAACGAAGUAAAUCAGAUGUUCAAGCUCAUAGACAUUUCCGCGCUGAGUAUUCCAAAAAGGCUACAUUCUAUACAGACGACCACAAAUCAAGUUCCGGUAGUAAAGAGGGCUCCUCUAGUGAAGCUUUUUCUCUCGAAAGAAGUAAAACGUCAGCUGUUUUACCUGGCAGUAUGAAUCCAAUAGACACAUCUAUAUUUGACAAUCGACCUCCUUAUUCUCGGGCAGCGCCAAGUCCUCCAGUACGAACGAAGCUCUCCCCUAGCAGUCGCCGAGUUGAAGUGAAUCAAGAAGUUCGAUACUUUACCGAACAAGGCCGGCAUUUAGGCACGACAGGCAUUUUAGAUGAAGCCCCAGUACCUCCUAGGAGAAAAGUUUCCCCCAAAAACGUGGACGUACAAAACCCUACUAUUGAGAUUACUGAAAAUCAUUUCAGCCGUGAAGAACCUGAUGAUCUGAUAAAAUUUUAAUAAGUAGAUAUUUUAUAAAGUUUGGAAAAAACGAUGUCGAACCCACCUAUUAUUUAAAAUAUUUAAUUAUUUAGGUACUUGCCAAUAAUUAUAGAAAUUAUAUGAUUGAUAGAAAUCUAUUAAUCAUGUAUAAAAUUUUGUAAAAUGUGCUAAUAGAGUGUUCAGAACCAAUACUGAUCAAAACGAACACCUAACCUGCGCGAGGAUUAGGUACAUUUGUACAAAAUAUUCAGCGAUCAUAUUUGCUUUACUUUUUCUUUGCAACGUCUCGAGCUAUGCUUUAAUUUCACUAAUUUGAUCAUAUUAGUACCUAUAUUACUCAUUAUUAUAGUAACUGAUAAGAAUUCCGAUUUCAAAUCUUUAUUCUGAUAGUCAGACGAAGUAUAGAGUAACAAUAAUGUUGUAAGAAAAACAUCGAAACAUUUGCUUUUAAAUAGAUGUUAUUUUUAUUUAUUUUAGAAAGUUUUAAGAAAGAAAUAAUUGUUUCGCGAAACCCAGUUUGUAUAAAGAAUUGUCGUCAGUACUGUGAUCACAACUAGGAUUUAAUUUGUUUUAAAAUGUUUGAAAUUUAAUAACCGUAUUUAAGAACAUCCCACAGCAAAAUGGCGCCCUUAUGUUUUGGCUGUCAAGUGCUGUUCUUGAAUACGGCCGUUUAUUUCAAAAAUCUUGAUGAUGUGUUGAUUUUUUAUAUUCGAUGGUUUGAAAUAUUGCUUCAUUGACGUAUUGAUUUCAAUUUUAUUAUUUCUGCUGAUAUUGAUAUGUAUUAUAAAAUCAAUGAAACCAAAUAUCCUCCUAGUUUUUUAGUCAGUGUAGCAUUUUUAGAAGUCAUUGUAAUUUUAAGGAUUUUUUACUUUUUGAAUGUCUUGUUUCAUAUAAAAAUGUUUCUAUUUUUAGAAGACUAUGCAAUAGUAUGAAAUAGAAGUGAACGAAAAUAAUAUUUUAAUAAACAAAUUUAAUGAUGUGGUGCUCAUUGCUUUUAAGCGUCAAUAAAAACAAUUUUAUAAUA